AUGGUCCUUCUCUAUUUGCUCAUUGGGAUUAUGUGCUUCAAAUUUGCAGCAGCGGACGAUACUGUUCUCAAUGCUAUGGACUACAGAUUUGGUAUCGUCCUGGACAAAGAAUUUGCCAGCACCAAACUGUCAGAGUUUGAGGGUGGCCGAGAUUUUGACCUGUUGAAAGAGUUGAAAAGCAUUUGGGCACAACUUGUGAAAGAAAAUCUUGGACAGAUUCCACUCAAAGUAGAAUUCCACACACGAUCGGACAUUAUUUUAAGAAAAGAUUUAAGUGCGGUCCUCAUCAUCGCGUCAUGUCAAAAUUUGUGGCGCCUCUACAACAACUCAGAAGACUCGUCCAGUUUACUUUAUUUGGCAGUGACAGACGAAGAUUGCCCUAGACUGCCACCGAAUGAAGGAAUAACCGUGCCAAUUAUAAAAAGAGGUCAGGAGUUGUCUCAGAUUUUGUCCGACUUGCGUGCAAUUGAGGAGAUUUCGUGGCCGUCAAUGUUGAUUAUUUUUGACGCGUGGCUUGAUGCUGAGCAAAUGAAAAAAGUUUUUAAAUCAAUGACUGCAGCUCAUCCGAAAGUACGUUUUGUCUCCCCUCAGAUACAACUUCUCGAUUUAGGAUACUUCUCAAGCUACGAUAUGGUUCGACAGACGAUUUCGGAAUUUCCAAACUUGAAUCGGAUUGAGCAUUUCCUUGUCGUCACAAGCAGAGAAAACAUUUACAUCGUGAUGAAAAUCGCGAAAUCUCUGAAGCUUGUGACGCCGAGCACACAGUGGCUGUACGUGUUGCCGGAAACUCAGUAUUACACAAUGACCAACGACACCAGACUCAUACCUUUGCUCACCGAGGGCGACAACGUGGCCUUUCUUAUCAACGCAACCCGACACACGACCGACGCCAACAGUUGUUCCGAGGGUGGAAUUCUCUGUUACUCGCGUGAAUUAUUGAGAGCGUUGAUCGCUGCCUUGGUUUCGGGGGCGGCCUCGGAACAGGUCAUGAUGCAGAAGAAGGUGUCCGUCGACGAGUGGGAUGAGGAAAAACUCUCUGUAUCGGAGAGAAGGAAACUUUUACUUAAACAUAUUACAGCAGGCAUUGCUCAAAGGUUGGAAGAAACGUGCGAUGGUUGCUUGGCCUGGAAAUUUCGAAGUGCAUUAACCUGGGGGCUAAGAGGUCCAACAGGACCUUCUGGAGACGAAAAGGCAUCAAUGUUGGACGUAGGUAUUUGGCGACCGGGAGCUGGAAUUGAUAUUAGUGAGCCACUUUUUGUGCACAUCAAGCACGGGUUUAGAGGGAAACAACUUGUUGUCGUCUCUUGUCACGCUCCUCCGUGGCACGAAAUGGAAUUCAAUGAGCAGGGGCAGUUGGUCAAGGCAAAAGGAUUUAUAUUUGAUAUUGUGAACGAGCUAAGCUCUAGACUCAACUUUACGUACAAAGUUGUCUUUCCUGCAAAUACAGUCAAAGGAUUCCUGGCGGAAGGCAAGGAUCCCACAAUAGAUGAUGCAAUUCCUGAUGAACGGUCUCUACUUUGGGACAAUAUGCUCGAUUUGGUGCAACAAAAUCACGUAUUUUUAUCUGCUGCUGCAACGUCGAUGUCUGCAGGCCGCGAGUUGAGGGUGAGUUUCACCCUGGCCGUGGCUUCGCAGCCGCACACGUUCCUCGUCUCCAGGCCGCGCCAAAUGAGCCGAACGCUUCUUUUCCUCUCACCCUUCACCACAACGACGUGGCUGGCGAUUUUCGGGUCCACGCUGCUGGUCGGCCCGGCGCUUUACUUCAUUCACCGCGCCAGCCCUGUCACGGAGCUGGGCCGUGAUAUGAAACCGAAAGACGAAGUUGCUAAAACGGGAGGUCUAAACAGAGUGAUGAACUGCAUCUGGUACAUGUAUGGAGCACUAAUGCAGCAAGGAGCUGUUCAAUUACCAAACUCGGAUAGUGGGCGACUAGUGUUUGGAAUUUGGUGGCUUUUCGUCGUAGUGAUUGUCACAUCAUACUGCGGCAACCUGGUCGCCUUUCUCACUUUCCCGCGGAUGAAUCCUGCCGUCACGACGCUGAACGGGUUGCAUAAAUCAAAGGGCACGCUAACGUGGGGACUCUUGAGAGGGUCGGCACUCGAAAAGUUGCUAGAGGACUCGUCAGUUCCUGAAUACGUCAUACUGUUGAACAAAGCCGAGCGACACGCCACGGUCGACGACUAUUUGCUUGAAAGAGUGGCAUCCGAUAAUCACGUUUUAUUGGAGAGGCGAUCGCGGCUUUUAAUGCUGCAGACUCUGCAGCUGAAAAAGACUGGAGUUUGCGCCUUCGCUUUAGGCGUCGAUGACUUCCUUCCAGAGCAAAUUGGCUUGGCGAUGCCCAUCGUUAGCCCUUACACACCUCUAGUAAACAAAGAAAUUAGAAGAAUGCAGCAAGCCGGUUUGAUUGAUUCGUGGCUUCGAUCCGCGAUGCCACGGCGAGAUCGGUGUUGGGUGUCGCCGCAGUCUCUGGCCACAGAGGUGAAUAGUCACUCGGUCAACCUGGACGACAUGCAGGGCUCGUUCAUUUUGCUGGGCAUGGGUCUGAUAGCCGCGCUGCUGGCCGCCGUAUUCGAACGCUGCUUCCGGUGUCUCACAAUAAUGAAAGCCAGAGGAAUCAUCGAACCGUUUGUAAAUUGACCUGCACUUGCCAGGGUGCGACUCUCAGGGUGUGUUUUCAUACAAGCUUGAGUGGGUUGCUUUUAGAUUUUAUUGAUGAACAAAAAAUGUAGACAUUUAAAAAUCAGUUUAUAAGAGUUCAAGUCACCUCAAAUUAAUUUGUACUUAACUGUGAAAAAAAAAUAUGUUAGUCGCGAUUACAAGAAGUGUAAGCGAAUGAAUGUUUUCUACCCACUAAGAGAAUUUAACCUUCACCGUACAGAUUAUAAAAAUAAAAUAUGUAUGAAAUAAUUGCGAAUUUUUUUUUGUUUGAACCUUUCGUGUCGAAAAGAAAUAUAUAGAGAGGCUAUAAUUAGCAUAAACUAUAUAUCAGUUCGCUUUUGCGAGAGUUCAAUUAAGUUGAAUUGGCCGAUGGUCUUUUAGUGUGUUUGUGUAUAAUUAUAUUUUCAGCGGUAGCAGUGGAUCGUUGCCAAGGUCGUCUCCGAAAUUCGCGACAAAAUUAAGCCUCGUAACAAAAUGCAAGACGAUAGGGAAGUUUCGUCAUCUCCAUACAAGGAAAACUCGUUUUUUUUUGCAUGUCAAAAGUAAACACGGCAGUGGGAAGCAAUUUUAUUUUAUUGCAUUCUAAAGGCACAUUAUAAGCAAUGUUAGUAAUUAUAAACUUUUCUCAGUUCCAAUAAACGUAAUAUAUAAAAAAAACAUAAUAAGAAGAAAGGCAGUCUUUUUUUAAACUAAA